UUGAAUUCCUACUGCUACAGUGUUUCCUAGUUUUUAUGAAAAGUUUACAAAUAAGCUUCAUUAUAGUGAGUAUUAGGUAUGUCUACUACGCCAGCUUCUGAGGAAGGUGAAAAUGAUGUCUCUAGCAAUAAGCCAUGUUUACUUUAUCUACAGUCAUCGUUAUUUGCUUCAGUGUUAGAAGAUACUAUAACAGAGUUAAGGGUUCUAGCCGAGACUAACAAUGAGCUGCGCAUACUCAAGGCUUGGUCAGAUAUGGGUGUGCUGCGCAGCAUCAAAUAUGGCAUCGACCUGCCGCCUGUCACCGAUGAGCUGGAAGGCAUUGACCCCCGAAAUCUUGGCUGCAAUGAGUAUAAGCUCAAUAAACUAGAUGCCGACAGGAAAUUGGCGAUCAAUGUCGUGAUUGGAACGUACAAAGACCUCAGCAUGCACAGGACUUACUCUGCUCUGCACAACCACGUAAAAAGCGUCAUUCAGCUGGAUACGUACCGCGAGGAACUGGAAGAGGACGAAGCUAAAAAUAGAAUCCUCCGCCAUGACCUGAUGAAGCAAAUGAGGCAGCAGCGGAACCACAUCAAAUCGGUGCUCUACGACACCGACGCCACCAUUGACGACCUGAAAACACUAGUUGAAGUAUGCAUCUUUAAUUUUCUACAGGAGCUUCAUUCCUACAUUGAGGAUGCUCUCCUCUACUCCGAGUGCCGCAGCCGCUACGUGGACAACUGGCAGCGUGCGCGCACCGAGCAGCACGUCCAGACCAUAAAGGACACUGAGAAAGGCCCCUCGGAGUCCAUCGAGUACUACAAGCAGAGGACCGACCACGAGCAAAGGGUGCACUCUGAAGUUGAAGUGCUCAUCAAUAUUGCUAUUAAUGAGACCCUGGAGAAGGUCGACCAGUGGAUGAACAAGUACGACAAAGACAUGGAGGGGAUCGACCUGAAGAUACAGAUCAGGAAGAAUGAGUAUCAGAAUAUGUAUGACAAGAGGGUUGGACUUGAAGAAACGGAGGCGAUGAAGACUAAAAUUGACAAAAAUAAAAGCGGAGAUAGCGACACGGAGAGUCGUCCAGAGAAGCAGUCGUCGCUAGCGUCUGGGCCUCCGCCCCCCGCGCCCAUAGUGCCACGGUCCGCCGACGGGCCCCGGCCUCCAGGCUGGAACGGACAGCCGCGAAGACAUGGCUCCAGCCGGUUCAAUGUUCACCACCACAACCAGGAGUUGGUCAAACUACCGCCCAUUAAAGUUCCAUACUCAGUUUCUUGCGAGGAUCAGAAGCCCUCAGGUAAAGUAAUGCUGGACUUCUGUUAA